AUGAUCUCAAUAUCAGCGCAGUGCAUUAUUGGUGGACUUUUCCUAAUUUUAAUUGGUAUAGUCGUCAUAAUAUUUGAGGCCCCAAUAUGUUGUUCCAUGAUACCUCAAUUGCAUAAAUUCAAUGAAUUCAUUGAAAAACGAUCCCCAAUUGAAAAGUCGAUUUUCUAUGGAAUUGCAGCCAUUUUACCAAUGAGUUUAUGUUUUGGAAUUUCUACACUUUUUUGUGGAUUAGCUUUAGCUGGAUGUUGUGCAUUUAAUGUCUGGAGGAUUUUUAAGGAAAGACGCAGUGGACAAGCAAAUCCAGUUGGCGUUGGUUCUGAACAUCAUACUCAAUACGCUGCAGGUGAAUCACAACCUCCAACAUUUCAAGGUGGAUAUGGUGAGCAACCAGGAUUUCGGGAUCAUUUAAUCGAAAAAGCUGCUGUCGGUGCAGUAAAAGGUGUGAUUGGUGGUCCGGGCAGUGGUGGUUAUCCAGGAACGGGUUAUUCGGUACACUUCACCGAUCAAAUAACAAAGUGAGAAAUAACCUAUCAACUUAAUCUACGUUUGUAUAAACUCUAUCAGUGUUUAAAUUUGUAUAAAAGAUCAACAGUUCGGUGGAGUUAUUACAGUACUAGGUACAAAAGAAAUUAACGUUUUAUAAGUGAGUUCAUUGUGAUAUACAAAUUUUUAAAGUUGUUAGUUUACGAUAGAUUGUCACAACUGAACAAACGGACAUCGUCAGACACAUACACACGUCUUUCUCUUGUUUUUGGACAACUAGAGAUUGCAGAAAUAUCACUGCAAGGAUAUAUGUAACAUUUUCGUAUAGAAUGAUGAUAGAGGCGUUUCCAUCAAUCUAUUCAACCUAAAUGACGUAUACUCAACAAAGACGGUCUUCAGUAUAACUAUUUUUACAAGCUGAAAUUGUAUCUUGACAUGUACUAUACCAUAAACUCAACUAUCUAUCACUGAUUUGAAACAAACGGUUUAUCACAUUUAUAAAACAGUAAAGAAAUUGGAAUGAUAGGUAUAAUUUAUAGAUUAUUAAUUUCGUGAUUUAAUAAAUGUAUAAACAACAUGAUAUAACCUAAUUAUUAAUUCACAUAAAAGGAGAGAGAAAAAAAUUUCAAAACAUCUAGUCACUUUACCUUACAACAUGCUCUAAAAAUUUUCAUGGCAUAUAGGUCGAUAACAUAACAAUACAAGAAUAAUUAAUUUUUUGCUUUCACUAUCAAAUGUAAGUUUACUUGUUACAAAUGAAUCACAGCAUGUUAGAAGUAACAACAUACUUUUUAUUCUAGAAAGAAAUGUGUAUUAUAUGGAUGAAUUAUGCGAAGUUUAUCGGCAAUACAACUAUUAAGAAUCAGUUGUAUCCAUUUAGUUACAGAUUUAUAGGUGAUAAUUUGAAGUAGAAACACUAGAUUACUUUUAAAUUCAUAAGGGUGACCUUCAGGUUAAAGCCUAUGUAGUCCAGAAAAUGAGUUCAACCACUACUUGCUUAUGUAUAUAUAAACUGAUACUAUGAAUUUCUGAGUUCUUAGUAUUUAGCAGUAAAAUCCAUCUAUAAGCUUCUUCUAAGGACUCUGAACUAUCUAGUUAUAUGUGUUCAUAUUAACUUCGUAAAGCACAGUUUAUAAAUGUGUGAAUCCGUCGAUCAAAUUUUAAUCAGUCGAGAUUUUCAAUUAUGAUUGAAUAAAACAUUUUGUAUAAGUCAAUAAUACAAGGUCCAAUGGUGAGUUUUUCAUUGUGACUAAACAAUGUCAUCUGUGAAAAUACAAACAAAACAGGUUAUGAUAGCUCACUACACAAGUGACUUAACAGCUCGAGUUUGUAAAUUCGAUAUGAAGUAGGCUUUUCUGAGUAGUUAUUGUUAUAUUCCGAUGAGAAUAAUGAAUGGUUAUUGUUGGAAUCUAUUUCUGUAAUAAUAAUAAUAAUAUUAAAUAACUAAACUAUUCAUACUCGUGUUCCUCUUAUUAUAAGCUU